AUGACAGUUGUCGAGCAACAGCCGCGACCCUUGUUUAAUGGUGCUCCAGAACUGCAUCUCACAACAGCAACCGAACUUAUUCAGUCUCCCAGUGGCAAGAAUGAUCGUGAUGACGUUUUGAAAGCUCUAAACUUCUUGCGGUACGAAGCCAUCGCCCAUCGCGACAUUGAAGCCAAAACAAAACUUUGCACAAUCUACUCGGCCAAAGACAGCUUGAAUCGACACAUACAGGCUGAUGAACGAGAAGCCGAAAUGUGGUCACGCAGCGUGUUCGACAAACAACUGUCAGACGCACUGUAUUCAUGCGCCAACUAUUUCACAGAUCAAACGACACGUACCUCGACGUCGACAAUCGAUCUUAUCCUCGAAGGCGCUAAGCAACUUAGCAGUGGCCAUGUCAGCUACCUUGCCGGCCUCUUGUUGACCAAGGCUAUCGGCGUCGAACGCGAUCUCAAUCAAGGUGUAGCGUUAUUGCAGCAUGCAAGCGAGCAAGGACUCGCUGAAGCAUCUUACGAACUCGGUCGAGUCUAUGGUGAUCGAUACAGCUACUCACUUCACGACACUGCCAAAUCAAUGGAGCUUUACCAGCGAGCUGUCCAGCUAGGCGAUGAUCGAGCCUAUGUCGACUUAGCGUACGCCUACUAUGUCGACAGCAACAAUCUCGAGAAGGCAUUCGAGUACGCCUCGGAAGGCGCCAAAUUGACAAACGAUCGCUAUUGCCAGUAUAUCCUCGGCCAUCUUUACCUCGGCAGAAACCAAGGCAACGAAGCAAUUCAAUGGCUCGCGGCGUCGGCGCAGCAGGACUUUGCCCUCGCUAUUGAAGAAUUGGCAGCUGCUUAUUUUAAAGGUCAAGCUGGGAUCAAAACGAACUACGACGAAGUGCUUCGUUGGUGUACAAAGGGUUCAGAUAUCCCGUAUUGCCAGACUGCACUAGGUGAUCUGUUCAGGAACGGCUGGGGCGUGGAUCGUGAUUAUCAGAGAGCGUUCCAAUACUAUCAGACGGCAGCCAGUCAGCCUGAAGCACCGAAUCUAUAUGCUCAACACAUGCUCGGUGAAAUGUUUCUGAAUGGCGAAGGUAUACCCCAAGAUACUGCUGUUGCCAAAGAGUACUUUCAGAUCGCCGCUUCACAGGGAUACGAAGCUUCAAGACAAAAAGUACAAGUACUUGAGUUUGCAGAACAAAAGAAACGAUCAUCCCAGUCUUCGUAUCAGCAGCAGCAGCAGCAGCAAGCAACACAACAGCAGCAGCAGCAGCAGCAACAACCACAACAAAAGAAAUCCAAUCGUUGGAGCAUAAAUCUGUUUGGAAAGAACAGAAAUAAUAAUCAAUAA